AUGAGCACAAGAGAUCACAUGCGGAGCUCCAGACGCCGCGAAGGGUACUCGCCCCAUCGGGCGCUGUCCCCGCCGCGUCGCCCGCCAUCCCCCCCACGUCGCCACUCCUCCCCGCCUCGCCGUCCCCGCGGCUCUUCGCUGCGGUCGCCCUCCCCGGCCGGCUCGGAGUCCUCGCGUGGCACGGCCCGUUCGGCCGAGACCGCCAACUUCAGCACGUCGCGCAAGAUAACCGUGCACCGCUCGUUCGAGUCGAUGCGACUGAAGCCCAAUUUGCUCCGCGGCAUCUACUCGGCGGGCUACUAUGCCCCGUCCCCCAUCCAGCAGCACUGCGUCAUGCCGCUCAUCAAGAAGCGUGACGUCAUCGCCCAGGCGCAGAGCGGCACGGGGAAGACGGCAAUGCUUGCGUUUGUGUCCUUGCAAAUCGCCUCGCCGGACUCGCAGGCCGUCCAGGUCCUCAUUCUUUCUCCGACAAGGGAGCUUUCGAAGCAGACGGAGGGGAACAUUCGCUCGCUGGGAGAGUACACCACCCUCAAAUGCUUGGGCUGCGUGGGCGGGAAUAGAGUGGGCGAGGAUAUGAGGGCGCUUGGGAAGGGUGGAGUGCAUAUUGUCAGUGGAACUCCGGGGCGUGUGUUUGAUAUGAUUCAGAGGGGAGCAUUGGACUGCAGAAAGUUGAAGACGCUGAUUGUAGAUGAGGCUGAUCAAAUGUUUGGGAGUGGGUUUAAGGAACAGGUCUACGACAUAUAUCGCUCCAUGCCGGCUGAUGUGCAAGUGGCGUUGGUUUCAGCGACUUUGCCCGAUGAAGUGGUUGAGAUGUCGGAAAAGUUCAUGACAGACCCUGUGUCCGUGCUGGUGAAGCGCGACGGGCUGAGCCUAGACGGAAUCUGGCAGUUUUAUGUGGAUGUGGAGCAAGAAAAGUGGAAGUUUGAGACUCUGUGCGAUCUGUACGAAACGUUGACGAUCACUCAGGCGGUGAUCUUUUGCAACACGAAGAGAAAGGUUGAGUGGCUUACGAAGAAGAUGACGGAGAACGGCUUCACAGUGAUGUCGAUGUCCGGGAGCAUGACGCAAGAGCGGCGGAACGAGGUGAUGGAUUCUUUCCGCAAGGGACAUUCACGAGUGCUGAUCGCGACGGACAUCUGGUCGAGGGGGAUCGACGUGCAACACGUGAGCCUGGUGAUCAACUACGACGUGCCGAACGAGCAGGAGGCGUACUUACAUCGCAUUGGCAGGAGUGGGAGGUUUGGACGUAAGGGAGUGGCGAUCACGUUUGUGACGUCGGGGGAUAUGGGAGCGCUGCGGUCUAUCGAACGGUUCUACGGGAUGCAAAUAUUGGAACUGCCGAGCAAUGUCGACGACUAUCUAUAA